AUCUCUACAUGGUAUCAGAGCCCGAUCCACACAGUCCAAUCCGAUCCAUAUAUCGAUCCAGCCCAAAGUCGGCCCAUCGAUCCUUGCCCGAGCAUUCCGAGAUUGACGCUCAAAGAGCCAUCAUCUCGAGGGGGCGUAUUAGGGAUAAAUGUCCCACAUCAGAUAUUGGAAGGGAUCAUAAGCAAUAUAUAAGAUGGAUGGCCACUCCACUUAGCACCAAUUGGUUUUAGGUUGGAAGCCCAUCUCGCAAAGCAAUGUCUAGGGAGUUCAACUCUACUAAUGAGAACCAUACAUGGGACCUUGUAGAAGCUACUCGCAAGAUGAAUAUUGUGGGCUGUCGAUGGGUGUUCACCAUUAAAUAUAAUCCAGAUGGUAGCAUUGAUCGUUACAAGGCACGAAUCGUGGCUAAAGGCUUUCAUCAACAACCUGGGAUUGACUUUAAUGAUACCUUCAGCCCGGUGAUUAAAUCAACCACCAUUCGGUUAGUCUUGGGUCUUGCCGUUAGCUCUGACUGGCCAAUACGGCAAAUAGAUGUCAACACUGCGUUUUUACAAGGUCAUCUCGAUGAAGAGGUCUUCAUGUGCCAACCACCUGGGUUUACUGAUUCAGAUCGUCCCUCACAUGUCUGUCGUCUGCGGAAAGCAAUUUAUGGACUCAAACAGGCUCCUCGUGCUUGGUACUCUGAACUUAAAUCUUUCCUACUCAGUGUUGGGUUCCAGAACUCACUUGCAGAUACAUCUCUAUUUAUACUGCGCCAUGAGGGCAAGUUUGUGUACCUCUUGGUAUACGUUGAUGACAUUCUUGUCACGGGCACAAGCACAGACCUUGUGCAACAGGUUAUUGAUGCUCUGGCCGCAAAAUUCUCUAUCAAAGACAUGGGACAUCUGAGUUAUUUUCUGGGAAUCGAAGCUACUAGAACACCACAAGGGUUACACCUAAUGCAACGGAAAUAUGUCACUGACUUGCUACACAAGACAAAUAUGCUUCAUGCUAAGCCUGUUGCGACCCCUCUUCCUUCGUCUCCAAAGCUCACCUUGAACUCGGGUUCUCCACUGUCUGAUCCUGCUGAGUACAGAAGCGUCGUCGGAAGUCUUCAGUAUCUCGCCCUUACUCGUCCUGAUGUCUCGUACGCGGUCAACCGUCUCUCGCAAUUCAUGCAUAGACCUACAGUGGAUCAUUGGAACGCGGUGAAACGUGUCUUGCGUUAUCUCUCUGGUACUCUUACUCAUGGCAUUCUCCUACGCAAACAGUCCGCUCCUCUUCUUCAUGCCUACUCCGACGCCGACUGGGCUGGAGACAGCGAUGAUUAUGUCUCCACCAAUGGCUAUAUUGUCUACCUCGGUUCUCAGCCUCUGUCUUGGACAUCUAAGAAACAGAAAGGAGUUGCUCGCUCAUCUACUGAGGCUGAGUAUCGUGCUGUAGCCAACACGGCCGCAGAAGUCCGAUGGGUAUGCUCGCUGCUCACUGAGCUAGGUGUCAAUCUUUCCUCUGCACCUACCGUGUAUUGUGAUAAUAUUGGUGCUACGUACUUGUGCGCCAAUCCUGUGUUUCACUCUCGCAUGAAACAUAUUGCGAUUGAUUAUCACUUUGUUCGCAGUCAGAUCCAGUCCCAUGCUCUCCGAGUCACUCAUGUCUCCACGCAUGAUCAGCUUGCUGAUGGCUUCACCAAACCUCUGCAACGAAACCAGUUCCAGAACUUACGAGCCAAGAUUGGUGUCACCAAGGUUCCUCCAUCUUGAGGGGGCGUGUUAAGGAAAUAUCUUAUACUAAAAGGAUCUAUAUGUAAAUACAUAACUCUACGGUUUAACCUACUUGUACUACUGUAUAAAUACUUUGUACAUGUCUAAUAAAAGAUUCAUUCAGCCUUAUAUCUCUAUAUUUGAUUGACAUCCAGAUCCGUAGAGUGUUUUCGGUCCAGUUAUAAUCAAUGGCGGAGGGGGGAAACAGAGUCCCAUCGUCGGUGUCGGUCAUAGACGCCCACGAACUUCUUCAAGCCGGCCACCGCUAUUUGGACGUCAGGACUCCAGAAGAGUUCAGCCAGGGACAUGCCACUGGGGCCAUCAACGUUCCUUACAUGAACCGAGGAAAUUUCUUCGCUUUCUGUAAUUUUUUCUUCUUUUUUUGUUGUUGAAAAGUCAUGUUCGUCUGUAUUUACUUUCCCGACUGCAAAAAAAAAAUGCAGGGAUGUCAAAGAAUCCAAACUUCUUGGAACAAGUCUCCUCCCAUUUCGGAAAAGGUGAUGAGGUCCUUGUGGGUUGCCAGAGCGGGGGAAGAUCUUUGAGAGCCACGGCUGAGCUUCUUGAUGCUGGUUUCACGGGAGUCAAAGAUAUCUCCGGUGGCUAUUCUGCCUGGGCCCAGAAUGGUCUUCCUACACAAGACUGAGUGAUGACUCACAGUCACCGGUCACCACCAUCUUGUUUCAGAAUCUUAUGUCUUUUUCUUUGAAAUAAAUACAUCAGGAGAGUGUUUUCCAGGUGUAAAAUGAACUAUUGUGCGAUUGCUCACAUUACAGCUGUUGUGCCCACUACUUAUGGUAUACACGAAAACACGAGUGGUGUGUUGUGU